AUGCCUUUCAUACCUAUCACGGGGGUUAACCAUCACUACCAAAAUAUCUUAUUUGGAUUUGCACUCAUUAGGGAUGAGAAAGAAACAUCUUAUGAAUGGGUUUUGAAAACUUGGUUGGAAACCGUUGACAACAAACCUCUGAUUACAAUCAUUACCGACCAAGACAUUGCAUUGGGAAAUGCUAUUGCCAAGAUUUUACCAACCACCAAGCAUGCAUAUUGUUCUUGUCAUAUAAGUCAAAAGUUCACCGAAAAAUUGUCUUCUUUGUAUACUCAUUAUCCGGAGUUCAAAACGGAAUUCAACGCAUGUGUGUAUAAGUCGUUAUCACCGGAGGAAUUUCAAGAAAGAUGGGAUGAUUUGGUUGAGAAGUACCACCUCAUAACUCAUGAUUGGCUAAAUGAUAUGUACAAUAUUAGAGAGAAAUGGAUUCGGGCUUAUACAAAAGAAUCUUUUGCCGCCGGUAUGACUACUACGGGAAGGAGCGAGUCAAUGAAUUCCUUUUUUGACCAAUAUGUGCAACCAUCAACCGGUUUGAAGGAAUUUAUUGAGAACUCACAAAAGGCUUUGGAGUAUCAAUAUCUUCACGAGGUUGAAACUGACUACAACACCCAAUACAAGAAAAGGAGACUUAUAUUAAACUCACCAUUGGAGGCUCAUGCAUCGCAAAUAUACACCAAAGAGAUGUUUAGGCGUUUUCAAAUUGAGUUUGUCAAAAGUGCAUCUUAUGUCAUGAAAAAAAUUCCACAUGUCUCCAAUUAUUUGUGGAAGGUGUACUCGGUUGAAAAAUUCAACGUGCCUGAACGUUGUAUAAGAAGAGUUUGUUUGACGGUUUCUGGCGAUGGAACUUAUAGAUGUGAAUGCAAAAAAUAUGAACAUUCCGGCAUGAUUUGUAAACACAUCAUUUGUUACCUCAAUAAGAAGCAAGCGACUAAGAUACCAUCAAACUAUAUCACAUUUAGGUGGACGAUGAACGGGAAUGAAGUUGCGGGACCUCUACUCUAUACCCCUCCCGUGAUUGGCGAUUUGGUUAAAUCACAAGAGGCAAGGUAUAAUGCAUUAUGCAAAUCCUUUCAAGGUUUAAGUGCUAGUGCUAGUUGUUCGGUCCCGAGAUUUAGCUAUGUGAUGGUCAUGAUUGAGAAAGAGACAAAUUACGUGAACGAAUAUUUUCCGGAAAAGAUGCGCAACAAGAGUGUAAAUGACUCGUCCUAUCAUGAAAAUGUAGGCGAUCCGGUUUUUGAACCGUUUUUUUGA